AUGGUGCUCCCGAACGGCAGCACGCAUUACUUCAACGACGACUCCUCGCGGUUGUUACAACCGGCAGAUUUAGUGUUCUGCGAAAAGAGACGACAAAAGAAGAAGAAGGUAAAGAAGAAGAAAACGAUGUCGAGGAGGAAAAAAAGUAGGAAUACAACGAAGAAUGUAGGUGAUGAGGAGGAGGAGGAUGAGGAGGAGGAAAAGGAGGAACAAGAUGUACCGAUAGAAAUAAACGAAGCGUUUGAGAACGCGUACCACAUAGGGACAGUCGCGGAUACCUAUCACGACUCGGAUUCGGAAUUUUUUGAUUACGACUCAGAGGGACAGAUUUUAGAGGACGACACGGAAGUUUUAGUCGCGUUCGGGACGACGGAGCUGAAAAUGGGAGAGACUUGGGGUGGGAUGAGAGUCAACAAAGGGGGGUCAGACUUGAUCUGUUCUAAAGUAGAGGACUUGACGAUAUUAGACAGACGGUAUUUCGCAGUUGGCGAUAAUUGCGUGAAGGCAAAGAAUACGUUGGGGAUGUGCGGGAAAAUUGUGGACAUGAACGUGAAGGCGACGCUGUUCUGUCCGGCGACGAAGGAGUACGCGGACGGAGUAGACUCGAACGAGUGCCAGACGUUACGGAGAGUGUAUCCUGAGGCCACGGUUGUUUAUGGAAACUGGAUAGGGAUCGUAGAGACUGUGACAGAUGUUAUCAGGGUGGGAUUGUUGAAGGACAACGGAAAGAAGGCUACAAAGAAGAAGAAAACCGGGAAAUGGCUGAAACCCUCUUGGCCGCUACCAGCCGGUGAUGCUUUCGUCAAGAAAGAAAAAGAUCGAGAAGAUGUCGAAAAUCACGCGUAUCUGGACGAGGAGUUGCCAGAUUUGCUAGUGGAAGUGAAGCCGAGCGGGCAAUCGGACGAGUAUGCCAGCGACGGUGAAGAAUUAUCGGACGAAGAGGAACGGGAAUAUUAUUAUAUGAACACGCUCGGCCUCCGCCAUUGCGACGAGGCCGAAUCAAGUAGAGUUGACAGGUUCCAUCUUGCAUCGACGCAGUGCGGGUGCUAUCGCCCAGGCGAUAUCGUUGACGUGGAGGAACAAAAAGUAGGGCGAGCUGUACAGGAAGUUCUGCGCGAUGGAAGGGAUAAGGUAAGACUCGACCGCGCAGAUUUUCUCGAACACUGUUGGAUUAAAGGUGACGAGGAUGACGACGAAUGGGUCACACUCUUUUCGGCGUUUGCAGUAGAUAACGAACCCCAUUAUGCAGAGGAUUACGAAGAAAUUACAAGUAAACAAGACGAACAAUACGACGCAAAGAUGGCCGUUGUGUGCAAGAAACUUGUAUACCAAAAGCAUAGCAUGGCGCAAAGGGCAGUCGUGAAAUCCAUCCACGACGGCAUGGCACAGGUGAAGUGGAAGAUGCAACACCUUUAUAAAGAAGAAGGUAUGGUACGAAAUGCUCGAGAGUAUAAAGACGAUCCUUUACGUCGAGUUGCACCGAAGAAACUUCCUUGCGAGGAAGAAGAAGUAGUUUUAGAAGAAGAAGAAGAUGCGCCUCCCGAUGGCAAUCCUGAACAUUUUUUGCCGCCAUGGUGUGAAGGUUCGUGCAAAGUACAGGAGAAACCUCCGCGCUAUAUGCCAUCGUCAAUGCUCACCGUUGUCGAUAAGUUCUGUGCUCACUUUUUACAAGCCGGAGAUCACGUCUUGUGCGAUAAAAAUGCUCUGAAAAAAUACUUUCCGGAAGCGCAUAAACGCGCGCUUCGCUUCGAAGAAAAGCGCGAGAAGCUUUGGGUGCAGGAGGAGAAGAAAGAGGAAGAAAAACAGAACUUUUACAAAUCUUCGUUAACGUCAAACGAUGAAGUUUAUUGCGCUCGCGUCAUUUCUACUGAAACCACGUGCGAAGUUCUGUGGCAAGACGGGUCCAGAACGCUUGAAAAGGCUAAAGAUUUAUUGAAAAUGGAACACUUAGAAGACCACGUGUACAUGUGCGGUGACUUUGUGGUGAAAUCCAGCGAGUUUAAGAAAGCUGUCGGGUCGGAGAAAGUGCAAGAUCUCGAGAAGACGUGGGAGGACGAUUUAAUGAGGAAACGCGAACAGUAUAGCGAGAAAACAGUUCUUGACACUUUCGCAGUUGGUUACGUCGAAGCUACGAACAGCGAAGAGCGCACGGCAGACGUUGUCUGGAUCGCCGAUGCGUUUGUAUUUGAAGCUUCAGAGAAUGACAACGAGAGGUUCUUAGCAAACGCAGAAGGUAAAGAACGACCACCGCACGUCAUGGAGCUCAAAUGGCGCGAAGACUGGGAUGAUGAUGAUUUCUCGAGCGAAGGUAAACCCCCGCAAGUUUCCAUCGAUGGCGGCGGUGCUUCGUAUUUCGAUAAUCACUAUAACAAAUAUUACGCCAAUACCAUGAACAAGUUACUGGAGCUAAAGAAAAGAAAAGCGGGAGAAAAUGAAUGUACUAAACGUGGCGUUGUAAGAUUUAAGUCCAGAGAAACGGUUCCGGUGUACGCACUUCAGUCAUACCCUUCGGUAUUGUUCCAAGCGUCUGGAAAUGACGUCGUUUUGAGAAAUAUUCCGGGAAUCGACCAAUUGCUUGUGGAAAAUGAUCAGCCUGAUACUAUGGGCAUCGAAGAUUUCAUGACUGUUCCUAACGACAAUAACAAAGAAGUUUCAGCUUCGACUGGGCCUAAAGUUUUAGACUCUUUAGUAGAACAGUGGGGUUCGACCAGAUUCAUGCACGAGUUGAAGAAUCACGAUAUUUUCAAUCGUGAUCUGGCGCCACCGCAUGCGUUGGCGGCGUGUGAACGCAUACUAGGAUCAAUUCAUAUCGACGCCACAAAACGCGAUCCUGUUCACUUCUUGUGCAGUGCUGUGAAGGAUGUUUUCGUGCCUUUCUAUGAACGCGAAUUACAAGUUGUACCUGGGAACCCGUGGUCCGUUCCCAAACUCGAGGAGAAUGUGUAUUGGUUCCGAGGAUCUUCCAAAACUCCAAAAAGGUUAAUCGCAACUUCCCCGGAAUGGCAACAAUCGCAUGGUGAACACGUGCGAGUGUGGGGUUUCGCCGCCGCAGAAGCUUACAAGCACAGACACGCGAAACACCCUAGACUGAAUUCGACUAAAUUAGACGAAUUCGGCGCGCGUACAUACAUCUCAAGUUUUGUACAAGACGUUUCGUGGGUCGGAGAGAUCGUAGAAUCGAGUGCUGGUCUGAUGAAGAUAGCGUGGGGUAGUGGAACAAAUACACAUCAACCGCCUUUUAACAUCGAGCUGUGCGAGCUUUUGGAUGAUUCAGACGAUAGUGAUUCGGAUGAUGGCGAUUCAGACGAUUCUAUGGAGAGCGGAUGGGAAACAGAUGAGAACGAAGAUUAUUAUUCGGAGUUAGACCAAGAGGAAGACGACCAAUCAUGGGGGAGUUUCCCCACCGGCAGAAUCUCGGAAACACAUUCUGAUGAUGGGUUUUCAGACUCGGAACUUUCCAGUGUGCCAAUGAUGGAUUUUAGUGGUGAUGAAGGAGAAGAAGAAGGAGAAGAAGGAGAUAUGGGUUUGACGAUUGAUGACGAUUCCUUCGACGAUGAGGAGAGUGACAGGGUUAGCGGUAGCGAAGACUUGGACCUUCUUGACGAUGAGAAUGGUACAAUCGAACGCGGUGCUGGUUCAGUAGCCGUAUUUGGUUCGCUUCUCGAUGGCCAACUUGAAUCAAUCCGUCGAAUGGUUGAAGAUACAGCGGCGAAGGAUUUUAUCUGGAGAGGUAAAAUCUUCGGGAAAGACCAAGACGAUAUAAAGAAGAGUAGUGGGUCUAUCGACGCAGAUUCGAUAUCUCGCUUGGUCAAAAAUGCGUUACCGCCUGGUCUAUUCGAAGAAGACACUGCCGACGCGGCAGUUGACGACAUCAUGGAAAGAUACAAAAAACUGAGCUUCAGCGCACAUACUGAGCUGAAGAAGACUUUGACCAGGUAUUCCGACGAAGAGCUGAAGCUAUUGCUCAUCUCCACUCACUUCUGGCGCAGAAGAAGGGGGGCUGGCUUUGAAGAAGACGACGAAGUGUUAGGAGAUAAUGCAGAGCCAAGUGAUCUCGAGAAGGAUUUUGUCUCGAAAGCACAGUUGAACGCCGAAUAUGCCGCCAGAUCUCGGAGAUACAAGGAUAUGGCACAUCCACGCAACAUCGCAAAAGCCUAUCCUGGUAUAUUUCUGGAUGCAGACGACGCCCGGACCACUGUUUCUGAUGUGUUACGGGACUCUAGUAUACGCUCAAAUAUGGUUGGGUUGAACGCUUUCCAUUCCUUGGUAGAAGCGAACGGACCUCGCAAUACCUCUAGAGAUGAAAUGCCGUCAUUAUUGGAUUCGCUCAAUUUCGUCUGGAGACAAGAGAGGAAGGAGAAAGUGAAGCAGCUCGAGAACCAAUUUCUUUGUCGCAGUCCAAGGCAAACGUUGUCGAAAGUUGACGACGAUGCAACGAUCGCGGAUGAGAAUAAUAUCAACGACGAGGAUGAAGAGGCAUUGUCUACAAGUUUUGAUGUCGUCGACGGCGGCUUUUCUGAUUUUUUACUCAGAGAUUCGAGUUCUCAAAUGAAUUUGCCGCGACAAGUUCAGAAAGCUGUUCAAAAAGAAUGGUCAAUCUUACAUAAAGGCUUGCCCGCGAACGAAAUUUGGGUAAAAUCGUCGCAAGCGAAAAUGAACGUUUUGCGGGCGAUGAUCAAAGGACCAUCGUUGACGCCUUACCACGACGGUUUAUUUUGCUUUGACAUUUUGUUCGACGAGAACUAUCCGUCUGUUCCUCCAAAAGUUCAUUAUCACUCGUACGGAUACCGACUCAAUCCAAACUUGUACAAGGAAGGCAAAGUCUGCCUGUCGUUGCUCAAUACGUGGGACUCGGAGGAAAAUUCGGAAAGAUGGAGCAGUUCAUCAAGUGCGUUGCAGGUUUUAGUUUCGCUUCAAGCGUUAGUGCUGAACGAUAAGCCUUAUUACAACGAAGCGGGCUACGAAAAACAACGUGGAACGGAAGAAGGCAUUCGAAACUCAGCCAUGUAUUCAGAAAAUGCGUAUCUUCUCAACUUGAAGACGAUGAUACAAACGAUCAAACGCCCACCCGUAGGGUUUGAGGCGCUCGUUCGAGCGCACUUCAAAAGUCGUCGAGCCUCGAUAUUAAAGAGCAUUGCUGCGUAUCUUGAAGGUGCACCAGUUGGUAGCUAUUGCGAUGACCCGAACGUACAGCACACGAAGCACGACACGCACAAUGUGAAACCGACGAAAGGGUUUCUACUAAGUUUACAAGGGUUACAAGAAACGGUGCGAACUGCAUUCCGGAAGAUUUGA